AUGGUACCAGCUGAGCUACUUCUUUGCUGCUUCCUGCUGCACGCUGUGGAUGCCAUUCCAUAUGGAAACCAGACAAACGUCUUGGUGCAUCUUCACUCAUCCUUGGGAUCCUGGCUACCUUCCUCAGCCCCAUUGUCUUGCCGGGCCCUGCUCCCCAAAUCCCUGCCUGGCUUCACCCACAUGGCCCUUCUCCCCAAGUUCCUGGUAGGCCUGCCCCUGAUGAUUGCCUUGGAGAAAGCUGGCUGUCAAGCUGAUGUACGGGUCCUGCAGCUUCAGCUCUACCGCCAGGGGAGUGUAAAGGCGACACAGAUCCUCAUCAGACAUCUUCAAGAGCUCGAGAAAAGCAGAAGCACAGGGACGGGAGUGUCAGUGGAUGCCCUGGCCUCUGCUCUGCAGCUGUUGGCCAGGGAGCACCCAGACCCAGAGAGGGCCCGACGAUCCCUCUCCAUCAAGGACUGUGAGCAGGAGCAGGAGCAGAGUGUGCACAAUGUAGUCCAGCUGUUGCCAGGAGUGGGAACCUUCUACAACCUGGGCACAGCAUUGUAUUAUGCUGUUCAGAACUGCUCGGACAAGGCCAAGGAACGAGGCCGAGACGGGGUCAUAGAUCUGGGUUAUGAACUUCUGAUGGCCAUGGCUGGAUUGUCAGGGGGGCCCACGGGAGUAAUGAUCAGUACUUCACUUAAACCUAUAGUGAAGGCUGGGGUUCAGCGGGUGAUCCAGUAUUAAAUGAGAGAGGUGAACAGCCCUCCACCAGAGACCAGCAAGGAGGUCUUGGGGGGCACCUAAUUGAGUCACCUGGAAGAAACAACUACCAUGGCCCCUUUGGUAUCAGUAGUAAGUUCAGUUCCUUACUGGCAGUGGACCUUACUCUAUGACUAUGGCUUAGAUCCUAGGGAUGGGAAUACUACUGAGAUAUAA